AUGAAAAAGUAUGCAUAUACUACUCAGUUUCAUGACAAGACAGAUCCAACUCUUGAGAGUCUGAAGGGCAUAGUUGAACGUCUGAGGCAGCCACCUUCAAUCUCAGCAGAGGUUGAGAAGAUUAAAGAGCAAAUCAGUGAAAAUAAGAACGUGUCAGUGGAUCUGGAAAGACUUCAGCUGGUGUAUGAGACGCUUAAACAGAGAGGGAAGGAAAUGAUUGCUCGCUCAGAAGGAGUCGAUAAGGAUAUAUCUGCUAAAGCUGUUCAAGAUAAACUAGACCAAAUGGUCCUCAUUUGGGAAGACAUCUGGAGCUUGACUGAGGAGAGGGAGGCCAAAUUGUUGGAUGUAAUGAAACUAGCCGCGAAGUUAUGGUGUAGUCACGUGGCUCUUGCAGCUACUAUUAAAGAUACUCAGGAGCUCACUGGAGAACUGGAGGGACCUGGAGUUGACCCAUCUGUAGUCAAGCAAGAGCAAGAAGAUGCUGAGGCUGCUAAAGAAGAAACUGAUGGACUACAAGAGGAACUAGCAACAGUUCUGAGCCUUGGCUCUGAGCUUAGAGCUGCUUGUGGAGAGCCUGACAAACCUGUUGUCAACAAGAGUAUAGAUGAGCUGAAUUCUGCCUGGGAUGCCUUAAGCAAAACACGGAAAGAACGGGCAGAUAAGCUUGUUGAAGCUCUGCAGGCAGCUGUUCCGUACCAAGAUGGACUGCAGAGACCAAGCAGCAGAACACAUCUUAAUAAGAUCAUCAGCCAGAUCGUGUCCUCCAUCACGGCCUCCCUGCGCUUCGAUGGGGCCCUCAGUGUCAACCUGGCGGAGUUCCAGACCAAGCUGGUGCCAUACCCUCGCACCCACGUCCCAUGGGCUGCCUACGCCCCCAUCAUCUCGGCCAAGAAGGCUUAUCAUGAGCAGCUGUUGGUGGCCGAGAUCACCAACGCCUGCUUGGAGCCGGCCAACCAGAUGGUGAAGUGUGACCCGCGGCACGGCAAGUACAUGGCGUGCUGCCUGCUGUACCACGGGGACGUGGUGCCCAAGGAUGUCAAGGCCGCCAUCGCCACCAUCAAAAGCAAGCGUAGCAUCCAGUUUGUGGACUGGUGCCCCACCGGUUUCAAGGUGGGCAUCAACUACCAGCCGCCGACGGUGGUGCCCGGGGGGCACCUGGCCAAGGUGCAGCGCGCUGUGUGUGUGCUGAGCAACACCACGGGCAUUGCCGAGGCCUGGGCCCUCCUGGACCACAACUUUGACGUGAUGUAUGCCAAGAAAUAUUUGUCAUUUUUUGGUGGUAGAAACGCGGCGGCCGUGCCGCUUCGUUUCUUCAGAAUUCCACAUUUUGGAUAG